GACGGUGGCCGAGAGGGCGAAAAUAAUGGAUGGCCGCCGCUCUGCGCUGUAAACGCCGCUGCUUCGGUCGCUUGGGGUCGUCGGUGCCUGGCUGGUUGGCGGCGGGUCGCCUGCUCAGCAUGGAGGCGGCCGCCUCGUCCUCCACGCCGGUCCCUCGGUGGCUCAGCGCUUUGCGGUUCGACAACCGGGCUCUGCGGGCUCUGCCGCUGGAUCCCAGCGAGGAGAACGUCCCUCGAGCCGUGUCGGGCGCCUGCUUCUCCCGGGUGCGGCCCACGCCGGUGCGGUCCCCGCGGCUGGUGGCUUUUUCCGCCCCGGCUCUGGCUCUGCUGGGCCUGAGGGAACCGCAGACGGCGGAGGAGGAAGACGAGGCCGCGCUCUGCUUCAGCGGGAACCGCCCGCUGCCGGGAGCCGAGCCGGCUGCCCACUGCUACUGCGGCCACCAGUUCGGCAACUUUGCUGGGCAGCUGGGCGACGGCGCGGCCAUGUACCUGGGGGAGGUGUUGAACCCGACAGGGGAGCGCUGGGAGAUCCAGCUCAAGGGCGCCGGGCUCACCCCUUUCUCCAGACAAGCAGAUGGUCGUAAAGUUUUGAGAUCGAGCAUAAGAGAAUUCCUUUGCAGUGAAGCCAUGUUUCAUCUAGGAAUACCAACCACCAGAGCAGGGACAUGUGUAACAUCGGAUUCAGAAGUUAUUCGGGAUAUAUUUUAUGAUGGAAAUCCCAAAAAAGAAAAGUGUACAAUUGUACUAAGAAUAGCACCAACAUUUAUUAGGUUUGGAUCAUUUGAAAUUUUUAAAUCUGCUGAUGAAUUGACAGGACGUAAAGGUCCAAGUGUUGGUAGAAAUGAUAUUAGAGUUCAAAUGCUUGAUUAUGUGAUCAGCACUUUCUAUCCAGAUAUUCUACAAACACACCCUGACAAUAAUGUUCAGAGGAAUGCUGCUUUCUUUCGAGAGGUAUCAAGACGGACAGCCAGGAUGGUUGCUGAAUGGCAGUGUGUUGGAUUUUGUCACGGUGUACUCAACACAGAUAAUAUGAGUGUACUUGGACUUACAAUUGACUAUGGACCUUUUGGCUUUAUGGACAGAUAUGAUCCUGAACAUAUUUGCAAUGGAUCUGAUAACACAGGACGAUAUGCUUAUAAUAAGCAACCAGAGAUUUGUAAGUGGAAUCUAACCAAAUUUGCUGAAGCCUUGGUCCCAGAACUUCCAUUGGAAAUCAGCAUGCCCAUUCUGGAGGAGGAAUACGAUGCAGAAUUUGAAAAGCAUUAUUUGCAAAUCAUGAGAAGGAAACUGGGUUUAAUUCAGCUUCAACUAGAUGAAGAUAAUAAGCUGGUCUCUGAUCUCUUGGAGACUAUGCACAUCACAGGUGCAGAUUUUACAAAUACUUUCCGCUUGUUUAACUCAUUCCCUCUGGAUUUUGAUCCUUUAAACCUAGAAGAGUUUCUGGAUCAGAUCUCAAAGCAAUGUGCAUCUUUGGAAGAACUGAAAGUUGCCUAUAAGCCUCAGAUGGAUCCCAGACAACUUUCCAUGAUGCUGAUGUUAGCACAGUCUAACCCACAACUCUUUGCCUUAAUUGGAACAAAGUCUAAUAUCAAUCAGGAAUUGGAACGAAUAGAACAGUUCUCUAAACUGCAGCAAUUAACAACCUCCGAUUUAGUCAAUAGAAAUAAAAAAACCUGGAAAAAUUGGCUGCAAAAUUACAGAGUUAGGCUGGAAAAAGAAAUAGAACACAUUAGCAAUACUGACACGUGGCACGAUGAGCGCCUGAAAAUUAUGAAUGCCAGCAAUCCAAAAUAUAUAUUGAGGAACUACAUUGCACAAAAGGCUAUUGAAGCAGCAGAAAAUGGUGAUUUUCUAGAGGUGAGAAGAGUCUUGAAACUCCUAGAAAGUCCCUAUGAAGAUUCAGAAUGCUUCCUAGAGGUCUCUGAGGAGAGGGAGGAGGAAGAAAGUGUGAUGGCAGCUGCUUCUGCUGUUGCUACCUGCAGCUCAGGAACCCAGGAAAAAAUUCCAUACAGCAGCAAGCCUCCACUUUGGGCAUCGGAGCUCUGUGUGACCUGAUCUUCGUAACUGCCUUGCUAAAGUUUUCCCCAAAGAGGUUGCAAAGCUUUUGGGAGUGGAAAGAGUAGCAAGGUGCUGUAGAAGUGCUAUUCAGUCUGAACAGACCAUUUGGGUGUUUUCCUGUCUCACCCAAGCCACAUUUAUUUUAUCAGAUGUGACAAUCAAUUCUCCGGGCACCCACUUAAUAUCAUAUGCCGGGUAACUCGGUAGGUUGAAGUUUGAUCUUCUUUCUUGAGCAGGAAAUGCUAUUACAUUUUUACGCACACUAGCUGGUGAACAUCCAAAUGAAUCUGUGUUUUUGAAGACAAAAAUAUAAAGCCAGAUGCUGGAUGUAUUUUUGUCUGAAAAUGAACUACUAGUACUUCAGAGCUAUGUUUUUAAUUUUUAGUUAAUGCAGGGAUAUUUUGAUUUUUUCAUUGGGAAGCAAGAUGCUUUUAUUUUGAAAAUGUGUUCCACUUAAGCAGAUUGUUCAUUUAUUGUGACUUAAUCAUGAAAAUAUUAUCACAAAUUCUGUUUUUCUUGUUGGUUCAAGGCUGUAUCCUGCUUUCUACAUGCAGUCACUGAAUGAGGAAUAUAUAAACACUUUACUCCAGAGGUGGGUUGCUCCUGGUUCGGCCCAGAUCGGGCGAACCGGUAGUGGCAGCAGCGGGAGGUUCCGCC